AUGAGCGCGUCAGAAUCGAGUACUUUACAUGCGAAUACUCCCGUCCCCACAGGCCAACAAUCCAUAACCACGUCAAAGGCCCCUCUCUUAGGUGAGGGAUUCACAGUACCAACGAACCAAACGUCAUCGAAAUCCGGUGAAAGUAGUCAUGUCGAUGUGGAUGCAGGUGAUGCUGCGAGCGGAACCGCAAAGUCGGGAAAGAGAAGACUAUUUGGAUUUGGAAGAAAGAAGAACGAUGAGAAGGUAAAGGGUAAAAGCAAGGAUGACGGAACGCCUGCUGGCAAUGCAACAUUGAUUCGACCUCUCCAGCAGCCGCAUACAACAAAUUCUCCUCCACGAUCAGGUUAUCCAUACCAGCAUCCAUCGUCACCGCCAAGUCGAAAACUGUUCUCAUCUUCACCGCGUGUAGUGUCACCUGCAGGAUCACAAAUUUUCGAGCGCGAUGUGCAAGAAAGUGCCAUUCAACCCAAUUCUCCCGCCAUUCCAUCCCAUAUACAAACAGAGGAUCACAUUCCGCCAGUCUUAGAUGCCUCGUCCGAAGCUAUUACCAACAAUGACAUUGACCCGGAUACGGUGGAAAUUGUUACGCACUCUUCUCACCAGCCGGCAGCAAUGUCAAUGACUGGUAUUAGCAGCAGCGAACCUGCAUCAAUGUGGACAGAUGAGUUGGUGGCCCACCCUGACAGGGACGAUGCGGCAUCCAACUACGGUGCUCUCGACAGUACAGAUAUCCGGAGAUUAAGCUUCAUCUCAUUUGCAGAUGUAGUACAAUCAGAACAUGCGGAACAUGCUGGCAACAGAGACUCAAUCUAUAUUGCGGGACUUAGUGCGUUGUCAUCACCAGGUAUAUCACCUGGUGUGAACCGCUCACCUUCUCCCGUGCGAUCACCAGUAUCAUCAUUCGGCUUCGGAACAUCCCCCCCGACAAGUAAAUCUGCUUCGGUGAAAGGUGUUGAGCUAUCACCAGGUCGAAAACAAACUGGUCUUGCUAGUCCAACGUCGCUUCACUCGCCCACGAAUGGUGGGGAAUUAACUAUAGAGACGAUGGCACAAGCCGUUAGGAAGACGGCGAGCGGUGAUCUUAGCGGCGGCGUUCGCAGUUUACCACUAAGCCCAGUGAGCUCUGAUGGUCCUGACACGCCAUUCAAAAUUUUUGUUUCAGGUACCGAGUACAGAAUCCUCCUACACUACCUGUAA